ACGUACGAGUCCAUCAAGACACACUUCCCGGCUGCCAGAAUCAAGAAGUUGAUGCAAUCGGACGAGGAUAUCGGGAAGGUGGCGCAGGCCACGCCGGUGGUGGUUGGCCGUGCGCUCGAGAUCUUCAUGGCAAGCUUGGUGCUGGCCAGCUGUGACGAGGCCAAGAAGAACGGCCAGAGAAGGGUCACCGCGAGCCACGUCAGAGGUGCGAUCGAGGCCAACGAGCAGUACGAUUUCUUGGUGGAGUUGGUGGAAAAGUACCCGGCCCCAAAGAAUUAA